UCACGAUGCUAAAUAUCCCAGUUUCCGCGAAUUCAACGCGUUUAUGAGUGUUGUUAUACCAGCAUGUUUGCUUGGCCUUGAGGCUCCGGCCUCAACUAUGUGGUGGCACCGCAUUCGGUCCGGAGCGAGAUGGGACGUUUUCCAACGAGAACCUCUUGUAGCGGAAGGCUCGUAGGCCGCAUGGAGGUUUGGGGGUUAAGCGUGAACUCGUGUCAGCUCACAAUACUUCUGCGAUUUUGUAACAGUAUGACUCUUUGUUUGUUUUCCUUUUGAGAAGCUUAGCAUUUUCGUAGAAAUUACCGAUCAGUGAUCGAUCGUUACUGAAAGUUUUGUAAAACAAAGUUCUCUAGUUAGUUAUGUCGACCAGUUAGCACAGGUUACUGUUCUAGCUAGCUAUAUAACAUCGUAUCAUUAUGUAUGGAUAAAUACAAUAGCUAAAACGUUAACUAUUAUGCUAUCAACUUGAUUAACUCGCUAGUUAGCUGUCAUGAAGUUACUUAGCUAGCUUGCCAAACAGCUUGGUAGCACAUUGUGGCUAGGCUAUGUUAAAUGUCAGAAGGUUAGCCAACAUUUCUUUAGUUGGUUAACGUUAGCUAUCUAACGUUUAACUUAUUUUAUGGCUAAUGUCUAUUGUCAUUAACGUUAAUUAACAUGGCUAGCUUGCUAACGUUAGCUAGUUUGUAUUGCCAACUCACUAGCUAGCAUCUAGGUAGCUAAAGUUUCGUAUGGGAAUGUGUGUCAGUCGGAUUAUCAGGCUAAUUAUGGCCAGCCAUAUGGGAAGCUAACGUUAGUUAGCUACUAGCUAGCUACUGUAGCUCGUGUUGGAAUCAAUGAGGUAAACCUGUAUAUAGAUCAUUGUUUGGAAUAGAUAACGCGUUUAUGCAAUUUAUUAAACGUAUUUAAGAAGUACAGUUUGUUAUUUGCCAGACAGCUAAUUUGUCAAGUUCCUUAUCUUAUAAUAACGUGAUACAAUAUUGAUAAGACAUAGACAUGCAUGUAGAAAUCAUUUGAGCUUGACAUUGAAAGUCAGACUACUUCGAAACCUAACUAGCCAGCAGUCCAAAUAUUAGCUGGUUGAAACUUGAAUAUUUAACUUGCAUUUAUAUCAGUCACAAACUAAACCAUCCAUAGACGCUAACUACCUUCAGCCCUAUGGACUAUAAUAUAGUAUCAUCUGAUCAUGAUUUGUGUUAAGAGUCCCGACGCUCAUUAAGAAUGUUAAAAACCCAUCACUUGCGUUACUGUUUUGGAAAAUCAAAUAUUUUAUAUCAACAACAAAUAAUUUUCAACAAACAAAAGGUUCUAUUACUACACAGCUUUAUGGCGUUCGGGUUCCCACACGGCCAUAUUUCCAUGUUUACAGCGCUUGUUUACAGAAGACGGAGGCGUAACUGUUCUAAAUAGCCAUCUGCGUCUUGAACACCAGUGUGUAAACGGAAGAUGGACCCCACAAACGUGUUGUCACUGAAAAAUACUCUAGGCUGGUUUACCGGUUAAAACAGUGUACAAAGUUCUAGGAAGAAUGGCAGAAACUCAGACACUCAACUUCGGACCAGAAUGGCUCCGGGCCCUGUCUGGCGGUGGCCAUGGGGGUGGUAGCAGCAGUAGCGUUGCCACCUCACCACCUCUCUCACCUGCAAUGCCAAAGUAUAAACUUGCAGACUACCGCUACGGGAGAGAAGAAAUGCUAGCACUUUAUGUUAAGGAUAGGGAGAUCCCUGUAGACCUGCACGAUAAGGAUUUUCUGCCCAUUUUACAAGAGGAGCCCCUGCCACCACUGGCACUUGUAGCAUUUACAGAGGAAGAGCAGAGAAAUUUUUCCAUGUCUGUAAACAGUGCAGCUGUGCUCAGGCUGAUGGGGAGAGGAGGGGGUCCGGUGGGGCCUGGGGCGCCGAGGGGUCGAAGUACCUCACGGGGUCGAGGUGAGGAAAGAGCCCUAUUCUCUCUGUGUCCAUCUCAACAGUCUGAAGAGGCUUCCUCUGCUUGUGUCCUCUUCAUCUGCGCUAAUCAGAAAAACAGACUAGGUCGGGGUAGAGGAGACGGAGGGUUUUACCAAAGAAGUUUUGAUGACGUGGAAGGAGGCUUUGGACGCGGGGGCAGGGAGAUGCACCGCUCCCAGAGCUGGGAGGAGAGUCAUGCUGAGUCUAUUUUCUCCCCAUCUAGGGGAGACCGAAGGUUUGAAAAGCCAGGUCGAAAAGAGCCAGAAGUUGCUCCUACCCACUUCCUGAUGAAUCAUAUCCGUGCUAACUACGAGGAGGUUGGGACCAGUGUGGGGGGCCUGCCAGUGAGGAAGCAUGACUUCACGCGUUCGGAGAGUGAGAACUGGCGCACGUCCCGGGAUGAAGUGAAUGGUGAGGAUGGUGAAGAGGGGGGCUGGCGCCUGCCUGGCGCCUUGGCAUGUGCCUUGCGACGGGACAGCGACCGGUGGUGCCCCCCAAGUCCAGACGGGCCGCGGUCGGCAGGGUGGCGAGAGGCUCACCCGGGGGAGCAGCCGCGGCAGCGGAGGCUCCCUUUCGAUGCCAGGGAGGACGAGCGCGGCUACAGGCAUCCCCCGUCGGCCAGCGGCAGCCUGGAGGAGGAUGGAGGGGGCAGCCUGCCAGAGUGGUGUCUGGAGGACGCUGAAGAGGAGACGGGCACCUUCGACUCUUCUGGAGCCUUCCUUUCGCUCAAGGUUCGAAAAGCUCCCAAGGAGCCCAUCCUGGAGGAGGCAGAGCUAGACUUCAGACCUCUGGAGGAAUGUGACGAGGGUCUGGAGGAGGACGGACACCCCCGGGAGACCAAAGACACAGACGGAGAGGCCAGGAGAGAGCCCAUCAGAAAACAGGAUGUGGGGAGAGCGAUAGAGGAGGCGCCCCCUGCUCCCUCUCCUCCUGAGCCCCUUCCCCCCAGCCAGCCCGACAGAGUAGAGGACCCUGAGGGGCCGUUGGAGAAGCCACUUGAGCGUCCCCCUGCCCCGGAACACAGGCCAGAGGCCAACAAAGUCCCCCUGCACACACCCAUGUCCAACACAAUGCUGGACUCCCUCUCCAUCCCCCACACCGUUGCACACACUCUCACAGUGUCGGCCCCGUCGUCCACCAUCCAGAUGCAGCAGAAGCCCCUGGAAGUUCCCGUGGCCAUGCCUGCCCCGCUGCCCUUCAGUGCUAGCCUCAGGCCCCAGAGCACGUCUAUCAUGGCUCCUAACAAUAUGGCCACCAGCACGGGCCUCAUGGCGCCCAUCGGAAGGCCCACGGCCAUGCCACCACACCACACUAUGGAUGAAGAUGAGGGACUGAAGCACUUUGAACAGGAAGCAGAGAAGAUGGUGGCGUAUCUACAGGACGGUGAUGACCGGCUGGCUGCCAAGAGCUCAGCUACCAAACCAGCCGGCCUGCCACUCACACACGAGGCUGCUCUGAAGUGGUUUUAUAAAGACCCCCAGGGAGAGAUACAGGGUCCGUUCAGUAACCCAGAGAUGACAGAGUGGUUCCAGGCGGGCUACUUCACCAUGACCCUGCUGGUGAAGAGAGGCUGUGACGAGGUCUUCCAGCCCCUGGGUGAGAUCAUCAAGAUGUGGGGCAGGGUGCCCUUCGCCCCCGGCCCAGCACCGCCACCCCUACUGGGUGAUGCCGGAGACCAGGAGCGUCUGAAGCGGCAGCAGGAGCUGACGGCCCUCAACCUGUACCAGCUGCAGCAGCUGCAGUACCAGUACCUUUUGAGGCAGCAGUACGCCCAAGCCCUGGCCCAGCAGAAAGCCCAGGCCCUCAGCUCAGCACCACACCAGCAGCAGCAGCAACAGCAGCAGCAGAUCAACCUGCUCCUCCAGCAAUACCAGGCCCUCAAGAUGAGGUCAGCAGAAAACACAACAUCUGAGUCUCUCUUACCUCCUGUGACUCGGUCCAUGUCCGUACCAGAAUCCCAGGGUUCUGUGUGGGAAAUGCAGAACACCUCUCAGGCCUCCUGCACAUCAAACAUCCAGCAACCCACACCCAGUGCGUGGGAGGGCAGCAGUGUGUGGGAUCUGCCCAUAGACUCCAUGGCUCAGGCCCCCACCAUAGAACAGAUGCAAAACCUGGAGAAGAAUAAGGCUGCCAAGCUGGAGCUGGAGCGGGGUGAGGCAGAGCUGAGUGCCAAGAGGGAGGAGGAGGAACACAAACGCCAGGAGGAGGAGCAGCUAGCACGUCAGAAACAGGAGGAGGCAUUGAAGAGGCAGCGGAAGCAGCAGCAGGAGGAGGCACAGCGCCAACAGAAAGAGGAGGAAGAGGAACGGCAUGCGCAGGAGGAGGCCCUCCGCAGACUGGAGGAGAGGAGGAGGGAGGAGGAGGAGGAGAGGAAGCAAAGGGAAGAGUUCCUCCGCAAACAGGAGGAGGAGCGCCGAAAGCAGGAGGAGCUGGAGGCCCUGAAAAGGCAUGAGGAAGAGAAGCGGCAAGAGGAGGAGGAGGCAGCGGCUGCGGUGGCUUUGGUACGGCAACAGCAGGAGGAGGCGAAAAGGAGGGAGCAGGAGGCGGCGAGGCAGCAGGAGCUAGCCAGACAGAGGCAGCAGCAGCAGGAGGCGCUCCGCCGACUACAGCAGCAACAGCAGCUAGCCCAGAUGAAGCUGCCGUCUUCCUCUAAGUGGGGCCAGCAGUCAGCAGUCACGGCAGCAGCCAUCUCUCAGUCCCAGAACGCGCUGUCGCUCGCUGAGAUCCAGAAAGUGGAAGAGGAGAGGGAACGACAGGCACGAGAGGAGCAGCGGCGCCAGCAGGCGGAGCACCUGAAGCUCCUGCAGCAGCAGGCCCUGCAGGAGGCCCGGAAUCCCCAGGCCAAGCUCUCUGGCUGGGGAAGCGUGGCCAAGCAGCCGGCCACGACAAAGUCCCUGCUGGAGAUCCAGAGAGAGGAGGCCCAGCAGGUGAAGCAGAGGAAGGAGCAGGGGGCUGGGGGCCAGCAGCCCAGUCACCCCACAGUCACCCAGCAGAACCGUGCCCAGAACAGAGCUACCACCGCUCUGAGCCCCUCAGUGUGGGGCUCGGUGGCCACCAGCGGCGGGGCUCCUAACUGGGGCGGUGACAGCAGCAUCUGGGGCGACAGCACCAACUCCAACAUGGGCUUCUGGGAGGAGGAGGUGGCCCAGGCCCCACCCCCCGCCAGGAAGCCCAACGCUCAGAAGAACAACAAGGGCAACGCCAACCUCAGCAGUCGGGCCAAUAAGAAGGUGGAGGAGGAGGAGAAGCUGCUGAAGUUGUUCCAGGGGGUUAAUAAGAGACAGCAGGAUGGCUUCAUGCAGUGGUGUGAGAAGACCCUGCACACCCUCAACACCGCCAACAACCUGGACGUCCCGACAUUUGCAUCCUUCCUGAAGGAGGUGGACAGUCCGUACGAGGUGCACGACUACGUGCGCGCCUACCUGGGGGACACGUCCGAGGCCAAGGAGUUUGCCAAACAGUUCCUGGAGCGCCGUGCCAAGCAGAAUGCCAACCAACAGAAAGCGCCCCCGGCCCCGCAGAACCAGCAACCAACACUAAAACAGCAACAGCAGGAUUCAAUGUGGGGUGUAAGCGGGACAGGCUCUCCUUCUCUGUACCAGUCAAACCACACCAGCCUCCAGCAGCAGGCACGCUUCGAGACCGUCACCUCAGGGAAGAAGAAGAAAAAGCAGAAGAUGGUCCGGGCAGACCCCAGCCUGCUAGGUUUUUCUGUGAACGCGGCGUCUGAGAGGUUGAAUAUGGGUGAGAUCGAGACGGUGGAGGACUUUUAAAGGGACUGCUCUGCUGCCAAACCCCACUGACCAUAUCGUUCUGAACAGCUGCCAUUGUACCCCCUACAACCACCACCUUCACACCCCAAUGUCCCUUUCCUUUUGUGAACAGCAUCCUCUUUCCGUUCUGUUUUGUACUUUAAUUUAACAUUUGUCAUUGGAAGCUGGGGACGCUUUCCAGUGCUAGAGGACCCCUCAAAAAACAUCCCUAAUGAGUAUUUUGCCCUAUAUGAGACAGGGAGAAGGCUAACGAAGCAGCCAAACAAUCAAACAGAACCAUAAAAACCAACCAAGCAUUGAAUCGAACAACAAAUCAAUCAAUGUAAAGGCCUAAUCUGACUUCUCCCAAAGAAAAGAGCUGAGGGCAGGACAUGGAUGUCUCUCCCUGUCUGUGGUCAGCUGUUCAGUCCCCUCCCAGUAUCUUGUCUGAAAGUAUGCAAAAGAGAGACGUUACCUGAUGCAAUCUUCUCCCCAUGAAGUUGAACGCAUUGGGGGGGGGUAGAGAACUUUUUUCUGUUUUGUUAUUUUUAUUUAUUGAAUGUUUUUCACCCCCCUCUUUUCUCCUCCUUCCUUCACUCCUGUUUUCUGCCUGUUUGUGGAUGGUGGUGGUAUUGUAGGAGCCAAGGAUGUGUGUGCCCACUGAUGUCCUGUUUUAAGGAUAUGUUUGACAGUUCCAAGUAGUUAUCCAUUUCUUGUAAAAUACUAGGCUGUUUAAAGAAUAACCUUUCAAUUCUGCAUCUGUAUUAUAAUAUAUGAAAAUGAUGAACUACUGGAGUCAUACUUUUCUAUUGCGGUAUGAAAUAAAACAGUCUCUUGUGUGGGCUGUUCACACCUCUCUUUGAA